AUGGCGGCUGAUGAGCAAGGCUAUGUCUUCAAGAUCACCAGAGAGGAGGCACUGGAGACUAUGAAGAUGUUGGAAGAUCCUCUUUAUGCGAGGGAAGUAGUAGCCUACACCAACGCAGCACGGGCUGCGGCACAGUUUCUCGCUGACGAGGAGAUACAGUACUCCUUUUGCUUCGCCAUGUCCUUCAGUGCCACACGCUAUCCCAACAUCGUUCUGAAAGCGGGAGGCUUGCCGCGCAUCCUCGAUGCCAUGAAGAAGUUUCCCAAGAACAUUCGGCUCCAAGCAGAAGCCUGCGAAGCUUUACGCAACAUCGCAGAGAUGCCAGAUGGUGCCGACACCCUCCUUAGCACGACUGCCCUGGAGGAUGUGAUGAACUCCAUGAAGAUGAAUGCCCAGGCCGAAUGGGUGGUCCAAGAAGGCUGUGGACUGGUCUGUAGAAUGAUCACAGAGUCUGACGAUGCUCGGGACCGGCUUUUCAAGGGUGAAGGCCUACGGAUCAUCAUGGACUGCAUGGAGUCCUUCCCGCGUGCCAGCUGGGUGGCUCUUUGGGGUGUGCAAGCACUCAGGAGAUUCGCAGAGCUCGAUGCGAAACGCGUCCAAGACGCUGGUGCCUUCGAUCUCGUGCAGCGUGCACGUACCUCCAAGGUCUUCGCCAAGGGCUGCCCAGCCGUGAGGAAUGCCACGGCAGAUUGCCUAAAGCUGCAGCCGCCCAGCGCCAAUCCUAAAAGGUCCCACCGAGACAAUGAUUGA